AGUGCUCAGGCGACAUGUAUUACUUUAACCGCUAUGAGUGUGGAUCGAUACCAAGCAAUCGUUUAUCCUCUGAAGUCGUUACGUAACAGAACACCGCAGAUAGCCCUUCUCGUCAGCAUAGGCAUAUGGACGUGUUCAGCGUUGCUGGCCAUUCCGGUCGCGGUGUAUUUCGACGCUGUCCAGAACACGAACGGCGAAGUCACGCGUUGCAAGGAGGUGUGGCCGAACAAGAUGAUGUUCCCCGGAUACGCUAUCUACACAUUCCUUCUUGUGUACGCCAUUCCGCUAAGCAUUAUCAGUGUGUGCUACACCAUCGUGCUAACCCGUCUUUGGAAACAGAUACAACCUUGUGAGGAGACGCGAUCAAGCGCACAGACGCGCUUCUUAAACCAAAAACGACGCAUCACUCGCAUGGUUCUCGCCGUCAUCAUAGCGUUCGCCGUUUGCUGGUUGCCGCUACACGUCAUCAACCUGUGGCAGCGACUCGACGAGGACUUCCCUCAAAACGAACUCACGCUGGCAAUGCAGACGACUGCUUACUGCAUGGCGUACGCAAAUUCCUGCGUGAAUCCUUUCGUGUACGCCUUCGUCGGAGGACGCUUUAGGGAACGUGUGAGGAAAGCGUUUCCUGCGUUGUCAAGCAGAAAGCGUUCACACACAGACGCCCUUAUUUUAGAGAACAUUGGUAAACAUGACGAAAUACACGAUGAGCAAAGGCAUAGUCUGAUUACUUCAAAUGUAACGCAAAGAGAAGCAGUAUAACAUUUCAUCGGAUAUACCAUGAACAAUUAAGUUAUAUAUAUAUUAUUAAAAAACGUUUGUGUUUAAUAUUAUUGAUGCAAUACCGUGUUAAUUAUCACAUUCAUGUUCACAUAGAUAACAUUGUGUACCGCUUAUGGUAAUCUAAUACAGCUUACAAUGAUGCAUGCUCUUUUCAAAAUUACUUAAAUGAGUGACACCUAAAAGCUUGCAUUACUUUCUUGGUAAUUUUAAAUGUUAUUCAGUCAUUUCAAAUUUUGAGUUUAUAAUGAUUUUUAAUGAAAGGUGCGAUUGGAUAUCAUAUAAAAAUACCAGAUAAAUUUCUACGCAAAAAGUGUGUUUACGAUCAAACCUAUGGAAAUGGAAAAAAUAGUCUUUUUCUAUUUCAAAAAUUGUCAGGCAUAAAAUUCAUCAAACGUUUCAGUACAGUUCAUAAGAAUACAUUAUUUUCUAAUAUACCAUUAUAACAUUA